UGUUUAACUACAUACGUGUCAGGAAAUAGAUGGUGUAUUUUUUAUUUAACGUUUUGUUUUGUUUCUUGGUUUGCAGGCAGGCCCAGUCAUUAAAGUAAAGAUCCCGAAGGACAGGGAUGGGAAACCAAAACAGUUUGCAUUUGUGAAUUUCAAACAUGAAGAAUCUGUCCCCUAUGGCAUGAAUCUGCUUAAUGGGAUCAAACUUUUUGGGAGACCACUCAAAAUUCAGUUCCGAUCAGGGAGCAGUCAUGCAUCUCAAGAGGUCACUUCACCCUGUGCCCAACAUGGAUUUGCAAAUGGAAGCCCCUCCAAUCCACAGCUGCUGGCAGCAGCAUCCAGCAACAGGUAUGAGAGGAACACUGAGAAUGUGUUGUCAGGGUUGUCAGCUGGUCAGAGAUCCUUCUUAUCUGUAGAUAACCUUAAAAAAAAAGCUGUGAUGACUUUCACCUGGCAGCAGCUCUCAUCACACAGUGGAAGGCACAGCUCUUCACCUCCCGAGCCUUUGCCCGGGUCCCAGCGGAGUUACACCUUCCCCCAGUCCUCGGCCUCAACAGCGCAGUGGCGAUCAGAGACAGGAUCGGCUCUGCGCAAGGGCCGGGUGAGCUCCUACCCGUACCAGUCUGGCCACAGGCACCACAGCCAGGAGCAGAAGCGGCUUGCGGACUAUGGCUCAGAUUAUCACUUCUGUGGGAACCGGGAGGAUUAUGGCCCCGAGGACAGAAACUACGGAGGCUGGAGUCAGAAUUAUGACAGCCGGAGCUACCGCGAUGGCAAAUGGCGUCCCACCCGUCACUAGCAAGUAUUCAGAGUGGAUUUUAUGAACCUUUGUUCUUGGAAAAUUAGGUGGUUCUUUCCCUUUUUAAGGUUUCUUUUCUUCCUUUACAGAGAGCUUGUAGACAGUAACUUCACAAGUUACCUUUUUAAAAAGAAAAAAUAUUUUAUAAAAAUCACCUGCAGUAUGUAUUUUGAGAGAAAAGAAUUUUUGAAUUGUAUUAACUUUUCCCCUCAGGGUUUAGACAAAAAAAAAGUGCCACACUUUUAAACAGGUAAACAAAAGAAGACAUUGUGUUUAUUUUCUAAGGAAAGUUCUGCUGCUUUGGUUGUAUUUUAAAAUGAACAUUGGUAUUUUUAUAGCGAGAGCCCCUGAGGUGGUUCUGCUGUUGCUCGGAAAAGGGCCAGGGAGUAGAAAAUUUGGUGGCUGUUGAUAAUUUGGGUAACAGUGUUUUGCUACUGGAAUGAAGUUAUUGAAUAUUUGUUGUAUUAACUGUUUUGCCUUGUUAGAUCUAAGAAUAGAGCAAAUUUGCUAGAGAAUUUGAUAAUCAGUAAUGAAGGAUGUGUUAUUUAUACUGACAGGAGCAUUAAUUUUUCAGCUGAUCUCAUGAUUUUUAUAUUAAGAAGGAGAGCCUGCAGUAUCAUAAAGACUUUUUCAACCAGUAAGUGAUUACAGCUUCUCAGGAAAUCAUUGCAUGGCUCUGCCCAUGCUACAUAUUUAGAAAAAUUUAAACUGCUUAGAUGGUAAAGUUAUAAAACCCAUAUUUAAUUUAAGGCAGAAAGAGAGGUAAGUAUUGAUGAGAAUAUGCACCCGUACAGGUUUGUAAUGAAAACAUUUCCUUAUAAAAUGGCUGUUUGGUUCCAGACUAGAUCUCAAAAUGCUCAAUAACUGGAGAGGGAAAUCUCGGGUGGGGCAUGAUGUUCAUGCUUUCCACCCUCUCCCUGGCUCUUGCGUUUGAAACACCAUCACUGCAUAUGACUGUAAUUCUUUGUAUUCUGAAACAUCUUGGCGUGGCACUGAGGGGAAAGUGUCUUUCGGCUGGGAGCCCGUCCAGAAGCGUCUGUAAGAAACUAGCAGGCCUAGCUUUCGCUUGGCUUCAGUGUACAUCUCCAGUGCUUCCUUUAACAUUGGCAAUUUGACUGAAAACAAUUUGUGUUUUCUGGGCACGUGCAAAACACAGAUUGUGUCUCAAACUGCUGCUUUCUGCGGAAUUGGUACCGAGCCUGCGUUUGCAAUAGACAAGAGUAUUUUCUUCACUCCAUGUGCAUUUCACUUGGAGCCAAAACAGUUUUAGGGCAGUAGCAGCAGCUGUAAAAUGUAAUUCAUCCUAAUCUUUCCCACUGAGGCUACAAUACUGAGCUGACUAUUAUUUCUCUACCAAAUACGCCAGAAUUCCUGAAGACCCCAGCGAGUGUUUUUGCUGCUGCUGCUGCUGCUUUUUUUUUUUGAGAAGAGAAAGUUUUUGAACCUUGGUUAAACUGCAUGGGUAAAGGGGUUGUUUUUUGUUACAUUAAUUUUGACAACAUUGCCCAUAUAUGAAACCCAUUUUCUAUUCGUAUUUCACUGACAAUGUUUUUGAUGAUGCCAUAAAUUUAAAAAGCCCCUAAAAUUCAUUUCUAACGUUUUUCCAAGCAAUAUAGUUGAGAGUAUUGAACAUGCCCUUCCUUAGGCCUACGUGCUUGUGUAUAAUGGCAAAAAAAUAAAUUCUUUUCUUGUAAAACUC